CAGCGGCGGCGGCGGAGGAGGAAGUUUCCGCUUUGCGCUCCACCCCGGUAGCAGCUUCGCGGCCGGGAGCAGCUUUUCCUGCCGGGGCUCCGUCGGCUGGGCUGCGCCGCCGACCUGUCCCAUCGAGCCAUGGGGUGGCCCAAGGGGCCGGAGCGCCGGGAUCUCCCCGAGGUAGAAACAAGAGAGGAUGAAGAACAAAGUGUGAAGUUAAAUGAAAUUCUGGAACUUUUGGUGGCAGCUGGGUAUUUUAGGGCAAGAAUUAAAGGCUUGUCACCUUUUGACAAGGUAGUAGGAGGAAUGACUUGGUGCAUUACCACUUGUAACUUCGAUGUCGAUGUUGAUUUGCUCUUUCAGGAAAACUCUACAAUUGGCCAAAAAAUAGCUUUAUCAGAAAAAAUUGUCUCAGUCCUGCCAAGAAUGAAGUGUCCACACCAGUUAGAACCUCACCAGAUCCAGGGCAUGGAUUUUAUACAUAUAUUUCCUGUUAUUCAGUGGCUGGUGAAAAGAGCUAUAGAAACAAAAGAAGAGAUGGGUGACUAUAUCCGCUCCUAUUCUAUAUCCCAGUUCCAGAAAACCUACAGUCUUCCUGAGGAUGAUGACUUCCUAAAGAGAAAAGAAAAAGCAAUCAAGACUGUUGUUGAUCUUUGGAAUAUUUACAAACCCCGUCGGAAAUACAAGCGCCAGCAAGGAGCCGAAGAGCUGCUCGAUGAAGAAUCCCGAGUCCACGCCACGCUUUUAGAAUAUGGCAGGAGAUAUGGAUUUAGCCGCCAGAGCAAAACUGAGGCGGCUGAGGACAAGAAAACAUCACUUGCCACAGUUACAGAAAAAGCUGAUGCCCAGGAUGAAGAUGAGCUUCAAGCUGCUGAAGAACAACGUAUUCAAUCAUUGAUGACCAAGAUGACCGCCAUGGCAAGUGAGGAGGGUCGACUCACAGCCAGCUCCGUGGGCCAGAUCGUGGAACUCUGUACCCCUGAGAUCAAGCAGAUUGUGUCUGAGUAUGCAGAGAAGCAAUCUGAACUGUCAGCUGAAGAAAGUUCAGAAAAAUUGGGAACCUCCCAACUACAUCGUCGGAAAGUCAAUUCCUUAAACAAGCAGAUUCUGCAGAAGACAAAACAUCUGGAAGAGCUGCGAACAAAUCACACUAACUUGCAGGCCAGAUAUGAUGAAAAAAAGAAAACUCUGACAAAGUUGAAGAUUUACAGUGAGAAACUGGACAAAGAACAAGCUGCCCUCGAGAAGAUUGAAUCCAAAGCUGAUCCAAAUAUCCUUCAGAAUUUGAGGGCACUGGUAGCCAUGAAUGAGAGUCUGAAAAGUCAAGAACAGGAGUUUAAAGCACAUUGCCGAGAGGAAAUGGUGCGGCUGCAACAGGAAAUUGAAAACCUGAAAGCUGAGCGAGCACCAGGCAGUGAUGAAAAGGAAGACCUAGACAGACGGUACAAUAUGGAGAAAGAGAAACUUUAUAAGAUCCGUUUACUACAGGCACGAAGAAAUCGAGAAAUUGCAAUUUUGCAUCGCAAAAUCGAUGAAGUGCCCAGCAAAGCCGAACUAAUACAGUAUCAGAAGAGAUUUAUUGAACUCUACCGCCAGAUUUCAGCAGUACACAAAGAAACCAAGCAGUUCUUCACUUUAUAUAAUACCCUGGAUGACAAAAAAGUAUAUUUGGAAAAAGAGAUAAGCCUGCUGAACUCAAUUCAUGAGAAUUUUUCUCAGGCCAUGGCAUCCCCUGCUGCCCGGGACCAGUUUUUACGUCAGAUGGAACAGAUUGUAGAAGGAAUCAAACAAAGCAGAAUGAAGAUGGAAAAGAAAAAGCAAGAGAACAAAAUGAGAAGAGACCAGCUGAAUGAUCAGUACUUGGAAUUGUUAGAAAAGCAGAGGCUGUACUUUAAGACUGUGAAAGAGUUCAAGGAGGAGGGUCGCAAGAAUGAAAUUCUUCUUUCCAAAAUGAAAGCCAUGGCCUCCUGAACAUUCCCAGCCAUCAUCGCAUACUUCAUUGAGAUUUUCCAAACACCAUAUAUCAACCACCAGACUGUGAAAUGGUCCAGCGCGCUCCCAUUGAGAGAUACAGGUGUAAAGAUCUCUACGUCCUAGAUGUUUUUAUUCUCCACUUGCUUCCAUUUCAUCUCAGUGGUGGUGGGUGGAGUCAGACCAUGUAAAUGUGUGACUCGGAUAACACCCAAUUACGAAAGAUGGGCAGGUGGUGUUCAUUGUCUAUGUCAAUUCAACUUUUAAUUUUCCAGUAUCAUUUGCAUAUAUGAAGGUACCUGUAUUUUUAUGGACUCUGAAUAAAAAGGAAUCCAUUUGUUCAGCAAA